UAAUUUUUCAAAAAAUGAAAUACAUAUAUAUUUUUGUAGUUGUCGUAUUAUUUUGAUGACGACUUUAGUGAAGGUAUUGAUUUGUUUUUGUAAAAGUAUGAAAAUUUCAAAUUGCGCAAGUCUCAAAAUUGAAUGUCGGGAUGAAUGACGUUCUUAUUAGACAUUAAAAAAAAAAAAAAACUAAACUUUGUGAUAACACGUAAAAUUUAUCAACCAGCUGUAGAUUCAAUUGUGGAAUUAUAAAUUAUAUAUUUUAACAAUGAAAAUUAUACAUUUGACAUAUCGUUUUACAGUGAUUUUAGUUUUUUUAAUUUAUAAUUAUUGUGUUGAUGGAUUAGAAUUAUAUCAAUCUGUUGAAUCAGACGAACCACCCGAUCAAAAUUUACGUUUAAAACAGCUGGAAGAUUAUCUCGAAUCACAGGAUCAACGUAUUAAAAAUUAUCCAGUUAAUUCUCACAAACAUUCUUCAAUAUACAAUAAUGAAAUGCUUGAUUACCGUCGUGAUGAAGAAAAAAAUAUACUUGAUUUAUUGCUUGAAAAUUCAAAAAUCCUAAAUAUUCUUAAUAAUGAAAAAUUAAAAAAUUACAAUAGACAGGAAAAAAAUUAUAAAUUUAAUAAUCCACAUUUAUUUAAAAAUUUCGAUAAUUAUUAUCAAGAUAAUUAUGAUGAACAACAACAAAAACAACAAGAAAAUAUAAAUAAUUAUGAAAACCAAAAAAUUCCAUUUGCUGAAAGUCAAUUUAAUGAAAAAAUGUUUAUUGAAAAUUACCAACAUUAUCCAGUAAGAUUAAAUUUACAAGAAUGGAAUAAUAUCUACAAUGAAAAUAAUCCAAUAAAUAAAUUAAAAAAUAAAAUAUUAGAAAUAAAUUCACCACGUUUUAAUAAAUUAAUAAAUAAAAUAAGUGUACCUGAAAAUGUGCCGGAAUUUACUUAUAAAUUUGAUAAUAUUAUUGAUGAAAAUAGUGAAAAUAAUUUUGCUUUUAAACCAAAUGACAUACGUUAUUACAAAAAUGAUAAUAUCAAUGAAAAAAUAAUUACUCCAACAAUGAAAAUUGAUACUAAAAUAAUUGAUAAUAAUGACAUUGAAAAAAAAAAUAUAAUUACUAAAAAAAUUAUAAAACCAAGUACUGAAAAUAUAACAGUUAUUGAGGCAAAAAAAAUAUUUAAAAAUAUGAUUGAUAUUUAUGGGGUUAAUAAUUUAAUACCAGAACCACAAAGACGUGCUUCUAUUUCACAAUCAGACAUUGGUGGAUUAUUAGAUCCAAAACCAAGUUUUUAUAUAAUCGCAUUUUUUGUGGGUUGUUGUGCUAUAAUGAUGUUUCUUUUGGUUCUGAUAAGUUUGACCUGGUGCAGACUUGAACGUGGUGCAAAAGCAGCAGCAGAUAUUGAAUAUCCAGCUUAUGGUGUGACUGGUCCAAAUAAAGACAUAUCACCAUCUGGUGAUCAAAGACUGGCUCAUUCAGCUCAAAUGUAUCAUUUUCAACAUCAAAAACAGCAAAUAAUUGCUAUGGAAAAAUCAGUAGCACGUGAUCCAGGCUCAGUAUCAGAAGCUGAGAGUGAUGAAGAAAACGAAGAAGGAGAUUAUACAGUAUACGAGUGUCCAGGCUUGGCACCAGCUGGUGAAAUGGAAGUUAAAAAUCCACUUUUUCAUGAUGAUCCAACACCAGCAACACCACUACAAAAAUUCCAUGAUGAUGAUCAUCAACAUCACUAAAUUUUUGUUAAUGAAAAAAACAAUAAAAGGUGAGAAAUCCAAAAAAUAUGGUCAUAAUUUAUCCAUAAAUACUUCCUCAGGUGCUUCGAACACUUUUAAAACAUUUCAUAUCUAUAUAAUUGUUUAUAUAAAAAUAUUCCAUAUAAAUAACAAAAAAAUAUAUUUAAAAAAAUCAUAGCAUUGAAAAUAAACAAUAUUUAAUUUUAAUAUUUAUACAAUAUAAAUAAAUUUUAUUCUGUUGAUUAUACAGAAAUUUAAGACAAAAAAAAAAUUGAAAGGUCAAUAUUUUUUUUUGCACCAAUUUUUAAUUAUUGCAUUGAUCAAUUUAUGUAAAUUGAUAAUUAGACGAGACAUACACGUCAUCAAUUAUCAAUUUAAAUUUAAUUACAAUUAUUGGAUUUAAAAAUUAGAGCUCAAAAAAAUAUCACAGAAAGUCUGCACAGUAAAACAGUCUGAGUAGAAAAAAAAAAAAUAUUAUUCAAUUGAAUAUUUCAUAGAUUUAGCCUCAUUUCGACGUUAGAAAAAAUUGUAAUUAAAUAAUUCUUAUCACGAUGUCUCUUAAAAAUGCACAAAAAAAAAACACCUAAAAAAUUUCCAUUA